GUGAUGUAACACCGCAACAGCUGUUUGGUCCGACUUGGUCUGAAUAUUGCGAGGCGAGAGAUAUGCGAGUUCCCAGUGCCUUGUUUGCCGCCCGUGGCCGAGCCCCACAGAACGAGGCCGAUGUGCCCUUCCAGGAGAUUCUGCCGCUGCGGCUGAAGAACACGGUUAGCGGGAAGGCGGACUCCGGCAACGAUGUGGCCUGCCUGCAGGAGAUGGGCGUGCUCUUCGCCUGUCUGAAGGACAACGAGUUCGUGGAGAAGUACUGCCACAAGGAGAUUAGCCAGUUCCAAAACUGUUUCAAGUGCUAUAUGGACCGCAAGUUUGAGGCCAAAAAGACGGUCAACCAGGGCAUUGUGCAACCGGGAAACAACCUCAACUACAAGCAGCUGAACAAGUAUAUGCGCCGCUAUCCCAAUCCCCUCUAGCUCAUAGCCUACUUGAGUCCGUUGAGUCGUUUAUUAAUACACUAAAUAUUUACA